CCAGCGAUUCUCCUGCCUCAGCCUCCUGAGUAGCUGGGAUUACGUGCGCCACCACAUCCGGCUAAUUUUUUUGUAUUUUCAGUAGGGCCGGGGUUUCAUCAUGUUGGCCAGGCUGGUCUCGAACUCCUGGCCUCAAAUGAUCCGCCCACCUCAGCCUCCCAAAGUCCUGGCAUUACAGGCAUGAGCCACCGCGCCCGGCCUAGUAUUGAAUAUUUCAAACAUACAAACAGGUUUUUUAAAAAUAAUGAGCCCCAUGCCUGACCUCUCCCCUUAAACACAUGCUCAGAGCCCCCCAAGUCGCCCUCUCCCCUCCAUCCAGGGUCUCCUGGAGGCCUCUGCCGCCUGAGUUCUGUCUCCGUCCUUCCUGUUCCCUGAGGCCGUGCUCACCCCUACGCCUUCCCAGAUGGCAAGGGCCUCUCCCGCGCCUCUGAACAAUGUGGAAACGCAAGGGCCUCUCCCGCGCCUCUGAACAAUGUGGAAACGCAAGGGCCUCUCCCGCGCCUCUGAACAAUGUGGAAACGCAAGGGCCUCUCCUGCGCCUCUGAACAAUGUGGAAACGCCGCGCAAUGCGCACCCGCCCGCCAGUUGCUGGUUCCGUUCAACAGAAUUGGGGUGGGAAUUGUCCAUAUUGAGACGGCGUCGGUUAUUCAUCUCAGCUGCUGUUGACUGCUCCACUGCCUGAACACCGGCAUUUACUCACCGAUGCUCUCGUCUUGUCUGACUUUAUGCAAACACUGCCACCGCCAGCGUACUCCGGACCUCUGUGUGCCCAGACACGGGGCAGACGCCCUGCCAGGCCCAACCGCCCCCCAGCAGUGGCUCUCAGAAUUUACGCUCCCGCCCCAGGGCACAGGCUCCCUCCCUGCUCCAGACCUUCACUAGCCACUGGUUCGACUGCCUCAGGCCUCCCUGUCCCCACCCUAGUCAUGAGAAUAUGAAAUGGUAACUCACCAUGGGUCUAGCUGGCAUUUCACCAAGUACUAGUCAGGCAUACUUCCGCUUGGUCCUGCCUGUUCCUACCCUUUCCUUUGUGCGUUUUGAGACAGGCAUCUGGAGUGCAGUGCCGUGAUCACAGGUCACUGUAGUCUCAACCACCUGGGCUCAAGCAACCCUCCUGCCUCAGCCUCCCGAGAAGCUGAGACUACAAGCACACACCACUAUGCCCAGCUAAUUUUUGUAUUUUUGGCAGAGAUGGGAUUUUGCCAUGUUGUCCAGGCUGGUCUUGAACUCCUAGCUCAAGCAAUUGGCCCACCUCAACCUCUCAAAGUGCUAGGAUUAUAGGUGUGAGCCCCUGCACCCAGCCAAGAGAUAUUUUCAAAAACACAAUUACAGCCCAGUGCGGUGGCUCACGCCUGUAAUCCCAGCUACUCAGGAGGCUGAGGCAGGAGAAUCACUUGAACCCGGGAGGUGGAGGUUGCAGUGAGCUGAGAUCACGCCACUGCAUGCCAGCCUGGCCAACAUCAAGAUUCCAUCUCAAAAAAAAAAAAUUUGCAAUGUGCCGUGUGGCAUUGCUAACCACGAGCGCCUUGCGCAGUGAACUCUGGGACUCACACAUCUUCCCAGACUGAAAUCUGUUACCAGUUGAACAGCAACUCCCAGCUCCCCUCCCCAGCCCCUGCCCAUGGCCACCCUACUUUCUGCUUCUGAGUUUGACUGCCUCACAGCAGAGAGUCAUCAUGCACUUGGCAAAACGAUAGGGUAAGGGUUUCGUUUUGUUUUGUUUUGUUUGAGACGGAGUCUUGCUCUGUCCCCCAGGCUGGAGUGCAGUGGCGCUAUCUUGGCUCACUGCAAGCUCCGCCUCCCAGGUUCACGCCAUUCUCCUGCCUCAGCCUCCCGAGUAGCUGGGAUUACAGGCGCCCGCCACCACGCCUGGCUAAUUUUUUUUUUUUUUUUUUGAGACAGAGUUUCGCUCUUGUUGCCCAGGCUGGAGUGCAAUGGCGUGAUCUCGGCUCACCGCAACCUCCACCCACUGGCUUCAAUCAAUUCUCCUGCCUCAGCCUCCCAAGUAGCUGGGAUUACAGUCAUCCACCACCACGCCCGGCUAAUUUUGUAUUUUUUUAGUAGAGACAGGGUUUCUCCAUGUCGGUCAGGCUAGUCCCGAACUCCUGACCUCAGGUGAUCCGCCCGCCUCGGCCUCCCAAGGGCUGGGAUUACAGGCGUGAGCCACCGCACCCAGCCAAUUUCUGUAUUUUUAAUAGAGACGGGGUUUCACCGUGUUGGCCAGGCUGGUCUUGAACUCCUGACCUCAGGUGAUCCGCCCGCCUCGGCCUCCCAAAGUGCUGGGAUUGCAGGCAUGAGCCACCAUGCCCGGCCUGAAACCCUACAUUUUUAUCCAGGCCUCCCUGGAUGGAUGUUGGAGAGUUUAUGCGUGGCCUUGUGGGAUCGCUUUGGCGGACUCUCAGCUAUCAGAGGGCUCCAUCGCUCCAUCCCAAGGAGGCAGCUGGUGGCGAGUCCUGAACAGGGAUGUGAUCCGACGGGCAGGCGGCGCCCGGGACAGAAGCUGACGUCACACAGACCAGGCCACUGAGGCACCCAGAGCCUGAGCCACUGCUCCGCUCCAGAACUCCCACCCACCACCUCUGUCAACAGCCGGCCAACUCGCCUGGCACAGGGGCAGCUCUAGACGGGAUGGAGAGGAUGCAUCUUCAGUGUCCACACGUGGUCAACAGAUAAAAGCCAUGGCCAGAACGUUCUAAGUUGGUACAUGUGCAUCUGCCUGUUCACGGAUUCCUUCGACAAAUAUUUGAGCGUCCCCUCCUGCGACUGUGGACAGCAGAGGAGCACGCAGGCCACGUGCAGCCCACAGCUCUGGGGCGAGGCAGGCCCUCAACCGAACACGUAUAGAGACAGAGUUUCACCGUGUUAGCCAGGAUGGUCUCAAUCUCCUGACCUCAUGAUCUGCCCGCCUCAGCCUCCCAAAGUGCUGGGAUUACAGGCGUGAGCCACUGCGCCCAGCCAGACGUCUGCAUCUUUAAGGGGCAACACCAGCAGGUUACAUGUGAAUGGACCCAGGCUGGGACAGAUCCCGUGGGCCUCGGCCGAGCACCUCCAGCGUCCGGGUGCGGGAGCUGAGCUGGCAAGGCCUGCACAACCCCUGCCCACAGAGCAAGGGCCCUGGCAGUCAGAGGGACAGCCUUGGAGAGCAGCUGGUGGAAGAGUACCUGUCCCCUGCCCGGCUGCAGGCCCUGGCCCGGGUGGAUGACCUUCGGCUGGUGAGGGCGCUGGAGAUGUGUGUGGACACUCGUGAGGGCAGCCUGCGGAACUUUGGGGUGCACCUGCCCAACCUGGACCAACUGAAGCUGAACGGCAGCCACCUGGGCUCCCUGAGGGACUUGGGCACGUCUCUGGGCCACCUGCAGGUGCUGUGGCUGGCUCACUGUGGCCUCGCUGACCUGGAUGGCAUCGCCUCUUUGCCAGCACUUAAGGAACUCUACGCCUCCUACAACAACAUCUCGGACCUGAGCCCGCUGUGCCUGCUGGAGCAAUUAGAGGUGCUGGACCUGGAGGGCAACAGCGUGGAGGACCUGGGACAGGUGCGCUACUUGCAGCUGUGCCCACGCCUGGUCAUGCUCACCCUGGAGGGCAACCUGGUGUGCCUACAGCCAGCCCCUGGCCCCACCAACAAGGUGCCCAGGGGCUACAACUACAGGGCAGAGGUGAGGAAGCUCAUCCCCCAGCUGCAGGUCCUGGACGAAGUGCCGGCCGCACACACAGGCCCACCGGCCCCCCUGCGGCUGAGCCAGGACUGGUUUGCGGUGAAGGAGGCCAUCAAGAAGGGCAACGGCCUCCCCCCGCUGGACUGUCCCCGUGGAGCCCCCAUCUGGAGACUUGACCCCGAGCUGUCCCUGCCUGAGACGCAGCCCCGGGCCUCCAGGCCCUGGCCCUUCUCCCUGCUGGUCCAUGGGGGCCCCCUGCCUGAAGGCCUGCUUUCUGAGGACCUGGCCCCAGAAGAUAACACCAGCAGCCUCACCCAUGGUGCUGGCCAAGUCCUCUGUGGGAACCCCACCAAGGGCCUGCGGGAGCGUAGGCACCAGUGCCAGGCCAGGGAGCCCCCGGAGCAGCUGCCCCAACACAGGCCAGGAGAUCCAGCCGCCAGCACUUCCACCCCAGAGCCUGACCCUACAGACAGCUCUGACUUCCUGGCCUUGGCUGGGCUCAGGGCCUGGAGGGAACGUGGCGUGCGCCCCCUCCCCUGUAGGCACCCGGAGUCCCAACAGGAAGGGGCUGUAGCCCCCUGGGGCCCACGGAGGGUCCCUGAAGAGCAAGUGCACCAGGCAGAGCCCAAGACUCCCUCCAGCCCCCCAAGCCUGGCCUCAGAGUCCUCCGGGACCUCGAGCCAGCACCUGGUCCCUUCACCUCCCAAGCACCCAAGGCCAAGAGAUUCUGGCAGCAACUCCCUGCGGUGGUCGACAGACCUGCAGUCCAGGGGGCGCCGGCUCCGAGCCCUGGGCAGCUGGGGGCCUGGCCUGGGUGAUGGGGUGGCUGCAGUGCCUGUCCUGAGAGCCCUGGAGGUGGCCUCAGGCCUGAGCCCUCGAGCCCAGGGACGUCCUGGCCCAAAGCCAGCACCAGAUGCAGCAGCUAGACCUCCCAGGGCAGCUGAACUCUCUCACCCCAGCCCCAUCCCCACUUAAUGUAGCCCCCACUGCCAAGCUUGCCUGUGCUGGGGCCACGACUUGCCCACAUAUGUGGUCACAGAGCACAGAAUACCUGGGCGGGUGUGUUGGGGGUGAAAGGAGUGCCUGGCCCUGGGGAGGACCCUCUUGGUGGAGGGGAGUGGGGGACUGGGACCAGCCAGGGAGGCAGCAGAGGCCGGAACCCAGUUUAGGCCCCCAACUGGGUUUGGCCUGGGGAGGGAGGGUCCGGCUCCCCAGCCCUUCCUUAGGGCCAGGCUUUCCCGCGGCCACGGGGGUGGGGGGUGGUCACCCGAGCAGGCCUGUGAGAGGCCUCUCCUGCUAGAGUUGGGCAUGGCCGAGGGGCAGGGGCUGGAGCUACGAGUCCACCACUCCCUUGCCGGCCCCAGGGUAAGAGCCACCUCCUAGGCCGCAGUGGCCCAAGAUCCCAGCUGCUCGCCUGAGGCCGCCGGGGGUGCGGUCCAGGCCUCCCGUCUCCGGGGGAUCUGUAGGGUUCCCGCGCCGCGAUAGGGCGGCCUGUUCCCUCCUCUUGGCGCAGGACGCCCCGGAACCCAAACCAACAUUUCCAGCUCUCAGGUGUACACAAAUGCGGUUUACUUUGUAGGCCACGUUGGUUCAAUAAAUGAUGCAGCGGA